ACAUUUGAUUUACAGGAGGAGAGGAGAGCCGUCGGCGGGAGACGAUGUGGUUGACUGGCGGUGUAGGCGGUGGCGGUGGUGGUGGUGGAGCUCGAGCAAUAUUUGUAAGGUAUUUCUGCAGAAAACGUGCUGUCGAUGUCAAAAGGAUCAGCCCUAAAGUCCCCUUUCAAGAGGCGGCAUCCAUUGCUGAAAGCCUCUACGGUAUCAUCAAGCAUAAUGGUCCACUCACAGUCAGCAACACUUGGAAUCACGCCAAGGAAGCUAGUAUUGAUGGAUUGAACAGUAAGACCCACAUGAAGAUAAUGCUCAAAUGGAUGAGGGGAAAGAAUAUGUUGAAGCUAUUAUGUCAACAUAUUGGCAACAACAAAAAAUUCAUGCACACGACUCUACCCGAAGAUCCCCAAUCAGACCAUUUAAAGAACUCCUUAGACAAGGAAGUACCAAGUGAGAAGAAGCCUUCGGCAAAACAACAAAAAAAGAAAUCCAAAAAGUGAAACAUGUGAGCACACACAACACACCUCUAUGCCUGCAUAUUUCAAACUUCUUUUGUUCUUUGUUUUUAGAUCUCGGAUGCUUUUGUUGUUCCUAAAUCCUUGUUUGGUUGGCUUUUUAAGCCUAUUGAAUCCAUCUGCUUUCAAUAUGCUUUGCUGUAAGAGCAUCUAGAUUACGACUAUGGAUCUUUAUUUAGCAACUUAGGGCUUUUUCUCCUUUGUGCUUGAAACUAAGAUUAAGAUGGUUGUUUUUAGUUC